CACUCAAGGACGACAUAAGAAGCUUUUACAGCGCUCUGAAGUCAAAGGCUCAUUGGAGGAGGAGUUAUGUAAGAACAAAAAUACAAGAAUUGUAAUCGUAAGCAGGCCCUCCUCCUGAAGGUGACCACAUUGCGGUCACAGUGAGCUUAUAAAGCGUUGGCAGGCGCGCACUGAUCCACUUGUUAUUGUUUUGCUUACUGGACCUGAACCUGGAGACGUUCACAGGACGCAGACAUGGUAAAAGAAGCCAGACCCAACUGGGACAACCCCAUACAGUUUGUUCUGGCAUGUGUAUCAUAUGCAGUCGGACUUGGAAACGUGUGGCGUUUUCCAUAUCUCUGUCAAAUGCACGGUGGAGGGGGCUUCAUGAUUCCAUACUUAAUCAUGCUGGUUCUGGAGGGUGUUCCCCUAUUCUACUUGGAGCUUGCCAUUGGUCAAAAGAUGAGUCUAGGCAGCAUCGGGGCCUGGAGUGCCAUCAGCCCUUAUUUGGGAGGAGUAGGUCUUGCUAGUGUUGUGACAUCCCUGUAUCUGUGUCUCUAUUACAACAUCAUCAAUGCAUGGAGUUUCUGGUACCUCUUUCAUUCAUUUCAAUCAGUCCUGCCCUGGGCAGACUGCCCCAUCAAUUCCAACCGGACAGGACCUAUAGAGGAGUGUGAAAAAGCUACAUCUACCCCGUACUUCUUCUACAGGGAAACACUGAACAUCUCUCCUAAUAUUGAAGAGAAUGGAGGCAUUCAUACAGGCCAGGCUCUGUGCCUUGUGCUUGCCUGGUUGAUUACCUACCUGUUCAUUGUCCGAGGAGUAAAGUCAACUGGAAAGGUGGUGUACUUCACAGCAACAUUUCCAUAUGUGGUCCUCUGCAUCUACCUGGUCCGGGGUGUUACUCUUCACGGUGCCAUCAAUGGUGUCAAAUACAUGUUCACACCAAAGAUGGAACAGCUUGCCGACCCUACCACAUGGAUCAAUGCAGCCACUCAGAUCUUUUUCUCUCUGGGUUUGGGUUUUGGGACGCUCAUAGCAUUUGCCAGCUACAACCACUAUAACAACAACUUUGAGCAACAGGCAAUCAUUGUUUCCUUCAUCAACUGUGGAACCUCUAUCUUUGCCAGCAUCGUCACCUUUGCCAUCUAUGGGUUCAAGGCCACCGUCAACUACGAGAACUGCCUGGAAAGGAUACGCUUACUGCUGCUGAAUGGCUUUAAUCUAGCAGAGGACAGCAUCACCAUAGACAAUGUCUUUGAGUGGACUGAGAAGCUGAACACAACAUUCCCAGAGCAGUUUGCUGAACUUGCCAACCAAUGGGAAAAAUGUGACCUGGAGAGUGAGCUAGACACUGCAGUGGAGGGGACAGGUCUGGCCUUCAUUGUGUACAGUGAGGCCAUUAAGAAUAUGCCCUUGCCUCAGUUGUGGUCAGUGCUGUACUUUGUCAUGCUCCUGCUGUUGGGAAUGGGCAGCAUGCUGGGCAAUGUCACUGCCAUCAUCACCCCACUACGAGACUUCAAGAUUGUGUCGAAAAUGAGCAACGAGUUGCUCAACGGUAUAGUGUGUGUGUUUUGUCUGCUGCUCGGCCUAGGCUUCACCACCACCUCAGGGAAUUAUUGGUUUACCAUGUUCAAUGACUACGGAGCCAAUUUCUCCCUGCUAUUCAUCGUCCUCAUCGAGGUCAUAACUGUCAGUUACAUCUAUGGAAUUAAAAGGUUUGAAAAAGACAUAGAAGACAUGAUCGGUCAUCGUCCCAACUGGUACUGGAAGAUCAUGUGGGUAGUAAUCAGUCCCCUUCUUCUCAUCACCCUUUUCAUUGUCUACAUCGUCAAAUACAUCCAAGGAGGGACCCCCACCUACCAAGCAUGGAACAAAGAGCUGGGUAAGGCAGUGGUGACGGAGUAUCCUGUCUUUGGUCAAGUCUUCAUCGCACUUUUGCUGGUGUCGUCAGUCAGCUGUGUUCCCCUCACAGCUCUCUAUGUCUUCUGCAAGAAGAGGAAACAUGGAAACAAUGACAAGAGGCAGCGUACUAUCAGCACAGUGUCUGCUUAGUGAGCCGACGCUGACAGACUAACCUCCCACCGACUCCUUCCUUCAUAGACCCCUCCAUGCCUCUGUGCUUCAGCUGGACGCAGCAGCAGUACAUGAUUUUUUGGUGUUGGGUAUUUUCAGGUGAAUGUAUUGCUGCACACUUUCUCAGUAUUAACGUCCAACUUCUGAGCCAGAACCAAUUAAUACCCUGUAAACUGAAAUAUAUUCAAAGUAACUGUGUAGAUACAGUUUUUUUAAUUGCCAAACAUUUAGAACAAUAUAAUUCAGUAUUUUAUAUGAUGCUAGUUUACUAAAUUGUCAUGUUAUGAUGUAUGUAUGAAGAUAUGUAGCUUACUCACCGGGUUAGUGUUUGAGUAUGUUAGUCAUUUUUUCAUAUACCCCGCAAAAAUGUUAUGUUGUUUCAUGUUCAGCCUCAAAUAUUGUUUUUUUCUUCUUAUCAAUGGAUUGAGCUAAUUCAGGAUCAAAUAAAGUUUAUUUUUAGAGAUACAAAGUCUAAAAUGGGAUUAUAGUCUAGCAAUAGGAUUAUAGAACGUGCAGAACUAGGGCCAAUAGUAGCGUUUGUUCUCAUUUCAGGAAUUUUCUAAAAAUGAGAGUCAGUAUUUUAAAGGAGAAGGCGCCAUUUACAUCACUCGCACUAAAACAUGACUUGUGAUUCCAAAAAAUCCUGCCACAUUGGCUGAAAAUAAGAUGUUGAAUUCAUAAUAGGCUGGUUGAGGCGUGGUUAAUUCAACUGUCUAAUCAUCUAAUAACAGCUUGUAUUGAGUUGUCUGGUAAUUACACAUGUGCUCUUUUGUAAGAAGGUUGUACAAAUUAUCUGUUUUUCCUAUAAAGUAUUUUUUGAGAA